ACAUCGAGCAAGACGUCGUCACGCCCCUGGCGGAGAGUUCAUUGCCGGUAUUAAAAGGAACGCCGGCCGCGGCUCCAAGGAGCGACAUUAUUGAAGACAGCUAGAGGACCGACAUAUGCAGUACGAAAUGGCUUGUGCACCGUGUGUGUUUCUCUUCUUCAUCUGGAUUACGACAUACACUACUGGUCCGGCGCAAGCGCUGAGAUUAAUCGGAUUGAAGGUUCCCGAGUCGCCGAUUCGCGGAUCCACUGUGACGCUCGAAUGCCGCUACGACCUGGAGGGGGAUCGGCUGUACAGCGUCAAGUGGUAUAAAGAUGGCGUCGAGUUUCUCCGAUAUAUGCCCCAUGACAGGCCGAAAAUAAAGGCGUUCAAUAUCAAAGGACUCAAAGUGGACGUCAUAAGAAGCACCAACACUACAGUAGUGCUUGACAACGUACAGCACUCUGCCUCGGGAAUAUAUAAAUGCAAAGUAUUGGCCGACGCACCGACGUUGGAUGAGGAUGCGGAUGAAAAGAAGCUGGUCGUCACAGAAACUCCUUUAUCGAUGGACCAGCCACCAAUCGGAAUCCUCGGCGGUUCCGUGCGUCUCAACUGCGCGCACAACCUCGGCAGCUUGCCCCUGUACAGCUUCAAGUGGCUCAAGGACGACAAAGUAUUCUACACCUUUAUUCCUCGCAACAGGCCUCCUGGAGAAAUGUACAGCGUGCAAGGUGUGACGGUCGAUAUGCUGCAGGGCAACUAUUCGUCGCUGUUCCUGAAGAACCUGAGUGCCCUGAGUGCCGGCGCUUACCGCUGCGAAGCCAGCUCCGACGCUCCCCCUUUUCUCACAGUCCAGGACGAGAAGAUGCUCGCGGUGUUCGAACAACGUGACAUGAGACCACACAUCACGUACGACAGGGAGACCUACCAGGUGGGAGACAACGUGCUCCUCAACUGCACGUCCAGCCGCUCUAGGCCGGCUCCCAAGCUCGCGGUGUACGUGAACGACCGCCUGUUGAUCGAUGCCGACGUUAGGACUAAAGUCGACACACACCCGGACGGCUUCCAGACGACCACGCUCGCUGCAACCAUCCCGGUCAGACAGCACGACGUAAGCAGAGCCGCCCUGCGUGUGAAGUGUCAGGCCAGCUUCGUGGGCCUGUACGAAGCGGUGGGCGAGAUGUCCAUUCCGGUUGGCCAGCAUACGGGAGACCACAGGGCGCCUUACCAGCACCAGCGUCCGCAGCACAGCCAGCCGCCACAGCGACCGCCGCACCUCGGUUCCAUCUCGUCAACACAAGACGAGUGUCUCACCAAGGCUAUGAAGAUUCUGGCAAGGGCGUGGGUCGCCUACCAGUGAACAGAGUUGCAACCAAAAAUGUUCCAAGCUUACUUACACUCUCAGGCGCGCACAUUUUUUUUUAAAUAAAUCUACCCGAGACUUCUUAAUGUGUGUAAUAAAGCUA